AUGACCGACAAAUCACGUCUUGCCAAUCCUAAUGCAGUUAUAAAUACCAAGGUUCUUUCUGAUAUAGCCAAAGAACCUAAAAUAUGUGUUACUUAUCGCGACGGUACAAAGUUAGAUAUUCGAUCAGGAAAUAAAAAUAUUGACCAAAAAGUACCAUUUACUUUUCUGAUACCUACAAUUCGUUAUGACUUUAAAGCAAUUACCCAUUUUGAAAAUGUUCUUACAAUAAAAAAUUUAAAUAAAGUUAAUUCGGUUGUUAAUGAAGUAUCAAAAAGAAAAUUUUCUAAUGGGUCAAAAACAGAAGAAAUGGAAGACGAUUCCUUUAAUUCAAUACUUAAUAAUAUAAAUCCCAAUGAAGCAAAUGAAGAGAUAGCUUCCAAUAAAAAAUCGAAAAAUAAAACCAGAAUCGAAAUUAAAUUAGAUGAAAAGGAUUUGAUUGAAACAUUUGUUAAAGGAUCAGGACAUGGUGGACAGAAAAUUAAUACAACUUCUAAUUGUGUGGAUUUAAGGCAUAUACCAACAGGAAUUCGAGUUCAGUGCCAAGAAACACGUUCUUUACAACAAAAUCGAUUAAUAGCGAAAAAGAUUAUGAUUAAAAAAUUGGAUGAUCAUUUUAACGCCCACUUAAGUAAAUCUGCAAUCAAAAGAGAAAAGAUUAAAAAACGGGAAGCUAAAAAACGGAAGAGGGCUAGAGAGAAAUAUGCCCUCCUAACCUUCGUGUCUAUGGUUCGAGCGAACUGUACAAACUCAGCUGUCUAUAGUUUAUGCAAGCAACGUGGAAGUUCCAAUUCAGCUUUAUGUACUUCAACUGAUUAUAUUUGUUUAUGCGAUGCAGUUAAAGCCAUUUCCGAAUGUUUUAGACAAUGUACCGAAGAUCCUAAUACUGUAGCCGAAGCUGAAGCUUAUUCGCAAGUUGUCGCAGGAUCUUGUAGUCUAGCUGCUAGUCAAUCUGCAACUAUGACGUUUCCGUCUGCUAAACCUACAUCAUCAUCAACAUCCAAAGCAGAGCCGUCGAGUUCUUCAUCAAUUCCAACAGCCACUGGAUCAUCUGAAACUCCUUCUUCCGUCACACCUACUAAAAGUGAUGGUGUUAUUGCUGUUUAUAUCAACAAGAAUAUUAUAUUAUUGAUGACCGCUCCUUUAAUUGCAAUCGUUAUCAUGUUGUUAUAG